ACCAAAACCAAGUGCUAUAAAUACUAAAAUAAAACCAGAGGCUUUUAUUUAUUAAUUUUUUUAUUUGUUUAUUUUCUGAAAGAAACAGAGAGCGCUCAAAAAAGGAGUUUCUCAAACCUCGGAAUUUCUUUGUUUGAUCACGCUGUUCAACCGCCUCUGUCUCCUCUUUUAAUUCUUUCUUCCGCCAAUCACAUCCUCCUCUUCAACCUCCUUUUCCGAUCCCAGUUAAAGAUUUCUGCAACUACCCAUUUGUCAAAAAUCCUCUGAAAUUCUUUCACACAUAUAUUUGUUUCUCUGGUCGAAAACACCAAAACCCAGGAAAUUUUUUUUUUUCCUUGUUUUGUGUUUAUUUUCUUGAAAAAGAUUCGUUCUUGGGGUUGUUUCCCUCAGUUUUCUUCGUGUUGAAGUUUUUUUCCCGGCUGCUGAUGUCAAUGGGUGGCUGGAGGAGACGACAAAUUGAAAGUAAUGAUCAAGAUUUUCAUGGGACUAGAUCACGGUACAGAAGGCCGUCUCAGGAAAGUUGGCGGUCAACUGUGCCUUCAUGGGAAAAGAAAUUUUGCGCUUCUGUAGGGUCAGUUCCAUGGCGAAAGCUCUUAGAAACCAAGAAGUACCUGUAUCUAUAUGAUAAUGUCAUUAAAUGGGAUGAUUCUGCUGGUGAAGAGGCCUUCAUCAAUGCAAAGAACCGCUUUUGGGCAGAAAUAAAUGGUUUUCCCUGUAAUAUAUCAUUGCCUGAUCCCAACAUUUAUAUAGAUGAUGUAGACUGGAACUCCAGCAUUGAUCCUGAUCUUCUUAUGGACUUGGAGAUAGAACCUGAACCCUCCAUUGACAAAAACGAAGAUGAGAAUGUAGUGAUUUUGGAUAGCCCUCUUCUUCCAAAUCAGCAAUUUUCAUGCUCUGGAUGGGGAGAAUCAGAUGAAGAUUUUCGGAAAGCUACUGACUUAUGUCGGAACCCCAGAUAUGGGGAUUAUGGCUGGAAUGUGGAUGACAACAAAAAUUCUUGGGAACAAAAUUGGACUGAUCACAAUGAAGUCGUUAAAGAUAAAGGACGUAGUUACCAUAGGAAUCAGUGGGAGACUAAUUUCAAUGAAUGGGAUAGGAACUACAAUGGGGCAAAGAAUGUAUAUGGAGAAAGAGCUGACAGAGAUUUUCAACCAACAUGGGGUGGAAAUAGCUGGAAGAAAGAUUGCACUGGUUGGUAUGAUUCAAGGUAUAAAACCUCAAGAUUUCAUGGCAAAACAGAUCACGGGUGGAGACAGAGGAAGAAGGAAGAGAGCAAAUUUUGCAUAUGAGAAACAUGGUAUGAGGCAGUGGAACUUGAAAUCGUGUGGACCUCUUGGCCAUCAUGAAUCUGGCAAAGGAGAAAACACAUGGAAUUGGGAGAAACAAGUUUUGUGAAGAUCGGGUAAAGUUAAUAAUAUAUAUUUUCUACUUUUGAGAUAAAACCAGUUUUGUGAAGAUAAAAAAGUAUGAUUGAUUUGUUAUGUAGUCGAGUAUGUUAUAUUCAUUUUUAGCUAUCCAUGAGAUAAGCGGAUAGUAUAUAAUCGUUGUUAGGCACCAUGAGCUUAGCUUAGUGAUCAAAUUCGAUAUAAGGCAGUUCCUACUGCAUUUUUUGCAGUUUAUGAAGAAGGUUUCCAUUGCGAUUUCGGAGGUACCACGUAAGUCGGGACUAAUGAAUGGUGCACUACUUUGUUAAUAUGUUUGUUUAUUGUGUAUAUAUAUAUAUAUAUAUAUUACAUAAAGAAAAAUCAAUGCUGAAGAUUAUUUGGCAGAUUUCGUGUUUUUUGUCA